CAUGAUUACCGUGAAUAUCGUAAUCAUCAAGUUCUAUUACAAUAAAUUUCUCUUAUGAUUACGUUUAACCCUAAAAACUGAAAAUGUGAUUAUAAUUCUCAAUUCAUAAAGGAACUAAAAUUAAGAUGUUACAUUCAACGGGAACAUUAUCGCCACAAGAUAUUUUGGCAGAAGUUAGAAAAUUUAUUUCUGGAGCAGUUCGACCAACACAUAGUACAAGUACGCUCGAUGUAACAAGAACAGCUUUAUCUUUACUUCGAAAUGUUCCUGCUGCAAGAGAUGCAGUACUCGAAUAUUUCUGCAACGUGUUUUUUGUCGCAGUUACCAAAUAUGUUCGACAAAUCGAAACGAAUCAAAAUUUAACUAUAUGCGAAGAAACUAUAAUAGCAGAAAUUCACGUUGUUUUAAGUAACUUUAUUAAUGGAAAUCCCGAAGCAUGGGCACCAAUUAUUUCAGCAUGGUCAUUAGAAUUAUUAGGUAAACUUUCUACAGAUUAUGCAAAACGUGGAAAUUUACCUGUAAAUGCUGGAAUUAAUGAUUUCCUUCAACAGUGGAUGUCUUGUUGUGCUACCCGUACUCUAAUUGAUAUCACAGCUCAAUGUCUUCAAUGUCUUAUGCAUUCAGAUACAGAAUCUUGUAUUAAAGCAUUGUUAGAUACUAGUGUAUUACAUAGUCCUCAUUUUGAUUGGGUAGUGGCUCACGUUGGAAGUUGUUUUCCAAAUACAGUUAUUACCAGAGUGUUAUCAUGUGGGUUAAAAGAUUUUUGCACAAUGGGACAUGAACAUAAUAUUAAAAAUCCUAAAUUGAAUUCAGUGGUUGGAAUUUUGGGACAUUUGGCUGGUAGUCACUUUCAAGAUAUUACAGCAGCAUUAUUAGAUUUAUUCAAAGGGAGUUUGAAAGAAGAUGUAAAUAUUGAUGAGGAUACAAAGAACCAAAAAUUGGCUACUGUACCAUUUCUGUUAAAUCUAGCAUCACUUUCACAAACUCUUUUAAAAGCUAUAACUACUGAUGUAUUACAAACAUUAAAACCAGACAUAAUUCCACAGUUAGCUUUGUUUGCAUCAGACUGGUGCAAAUACUUUGAUAAUCAACCAGAAGCUUUAAUAGAUUUGACUGUUCAUCUGAUAUUAGGAUGUGAGCAGGGAGCAUCACAAAUUAUAAAUAUUUUACUAGAUACAAGUUUAAAUACAAGUAAUGUUGGAUAUCAUAGCGUUAACACUGCUCAAAGUGUAAAAAAUGUAUGUUCUGAGAUAUUAGAAUUGGUGUUACAAGAAAUUGAUCUACUUUUGCGAACACAUGGACCACAAUCUGCAAAUGUUGCUUUAUUAAAUUCCGUGAAACAAGAAUUGCCAUUGAUAUUACCAUUACUCCUAAAUCAAAAUCCACUACGAGUUCAAACAGCUACUAGACUUUUAUGUUUCCUUGGAAGUCAAAGUCCCAAUAUACUAGUAUCUGCUGCAUCAUACAUGUUAGUCAAAGCUGUAACUACUUUUCAUCUUGCUGCUUUAAUACAGCUGGUUUCUAAUAAUAUUAUAUUAUUUUCUUCUAAUAAAUCUGAAACAGAAAAUGUAUUAGCUAGCUACAGUUACUUUACGCAAGUGGUAGAACAAGCAGUUAGAGAAAUCAAUUAUAAAAAUGUUAUAGAAACACAAGAAACAAGGCAACUUUUUCAAAAUCUUGCAAUAUUAUUAAAGUGGGAAAAAUCUACUAAAGCUGUAGUAUUCCGAUCAAAAAUGAUAACCCAGGCUAUAAAAUCCAACUUACACCAAAUUUCUGCUCUAUUAAUGAAGACAACUGACUUUAAUUUAGCCAAUGAUAUUGCUAAAAUGUUAGAUUUAUUUAGUAUGCCUGUAAAAGAUAAUUUUACACCAAAUGUAGAACUUACUUUAAAGUUAACAAGAGCUGUGAUUCAGUACUUCUUUUUAUGUAUAGCAAAAGAUGAUAUUACAAAAAAGCAGCAAGGUGUGAAAAUCGUCUGUCAUUUACUAAAAGAUUUAACUUUUUAUUCGCCAUGUGCUCGAGUUUUAGCUUUAAGGGAAAUCUUAGGACAUAGUAUCAAUAAUGACCCUGCAAAAUAUUUUGGAGCAAAAGAAAAGUUUGAACCAAAAUUUGAGGAAACAUUACUUUUACAUCAAAACCACAAACAGGUUACAAGUACAAUGUUAGCUCAAAAACAUUCUUCAGUAUUUCAUGCUGGAGUAAUUGGACAUGGUCCUCGAAAACCACCACCAGAAAAUACAAUUGAUAAAGAGACCAUUGCUCUAAAUAAAAUAUUGUUAAUAGAUGUAAUAAAGGCUUGUUGUAGUAAUCGAGAAUCGGAACGAUAUCCUGUAAAUCUAGAUGCUUUAACAAUGGUCAGUUUAUUGUUAGUUGAACUAGUCUCACCUGAUGUUAUGUAUAAUGGAUUACCAUGGCCUGAUGAAGAAUUUACAAAGGUUACAAUAGAAAGAGAUUUGCAAAUCCGCAGAACAUUCAAGGAUGUACCAUUAUUAUGGACAUUGUUAGAAUUAACAGCUUGGUACAGACCAGCUUUAGCUUACUGUUCCGUUCUGUUGAGAGGCAUUGCUGCUACAGUUAUGGCCAAUUGGAAUACAGAAGAAGGUAUUUUACUUGUGAGUGUUAUGGCACUUGGUCAGUUAUUACCAUCUCCAUUGGCAAGUAUAAGGGAUAUUUUACCAGUUCUAGAACCUCAUCAGAUAAAUAAUAUAAUGAAAGAAUGUGUAUGGGCUUACAUGCGUGAAAAUGUUCCAUCACCAGCUCUUUUCACGCGUAGCGAAGGAGCUAAUAUUGCCUGGCGAGAUACGGAUACUUCUACUCCGAAUUCACGAUUUACUGAAACACUCCGUUUAGUUUUAUUAUCCAAUAUUCAUACAUUGGGUCCACUUUAUGCUGCCCUUUUUUACAAUGAAAAUAAAUAACUAAAAAAUAAACAACUUUCUAUCAUAUGUACAUAUUUCUGUGAAUAAGAUACCAAAAAUCUAACAAAUAA